UCACCUUGUCCAUUAGUCGAUUGCCCACAGUUACCUGUCAUUCUUCAAGCGCUCUUUCUGAAAUUCCGACCAUCAAAAUGCGUUUCACCUUAUGGGCCGUAGGCUUGUUUUGCCUUGUUGGUUUGGUGUCAGCAAGAUCUGCAGAGCCUAACGAAGAGAAUCGCCAGCCCAGCAUCUCUGUCGUCGGUGGAACUCCAGCGGCUCUUGGCGAAUUCCCAUCAUUGGGUGCUAUGCGGCAUAGCAGUGGCUCCCUUCGUUGUGGUGGAACUCUGAUUGCACCUUCCCACGUCUUGACGGCUGCACAUUGUCUGUUCGGGCUGAGUGCGACAAGCAUUAGCACAUUAAGCAUGAUGUUCAACUCGACGACGGUGAGCGGCGGCACCGGCUCUAUCUCUAGAGCCGUGAAGAAAGCCAUCAUUCAUCCAAGUUACACCGACGUAACCAAAGGAUUCGACGUUGCCGUGAUGGUAUUGACUUCGCCUGUCACAACCCUUGCCUUCGGUAAGCUUCCGACGGAUUCAGCCGUAAGCACACAGUCACCAACGACAACCACAAAAACAACGACGACCACGAAACCAGUGACAACCACAAAAACAACGACGACCACGAAACCAAUGACAACCACGAAACCAACGACCACAAAACCAUCAUGUUCGUGUACCUGUUCACCGGCAACGGUGAAACAAAGGGUCCAGGAAAGAGCCGAAAACGUUGAAUCGAGAGCUUUUAGUACGUACGCGAACGCAGCGGCCGUCGUUGCUGGAUGGGGGACAACGUCUUCAAGUGGCAGUCUUUCAUCCGUUUUAUUGAAAGCCAACGUCACGGUUCUAGACAAUUCAGUUGUCGCUGCGCAAUACGGAUCUUCAUUCAUCCCCACGGCGAUGCUGGGUGCCGCCGCCCCGGGUAAAGACACCUGCCAGGGUGACAGCGGCGGUCCUCUUUACGUCAGCGGUGUUCAAGUUGGCAUUACCAGCUGGGGCAGCGGCUGUGCUGAUCCUAAUUUUGCUGGCAUCUACACACGAGUCACGACGUAUGUGGAUUGGAUCGCACAAACGGUGGCCAGCAACCCGGCCUAGGUAGCUGGCGCUAUCCAGUGCACAAUCAAACAAAAACGACUUGGACCUGCAUCUUACUUGACUUUGGCGUUUGUUACGUAACAUUACCUGGUUUGGGUGUUUUCUUCGUGAAUCUGUUAUCACCGAUGAUAUGAUUUCCUUUCAAAUUUUGUUUGGGGUGUGUAUGUAUUGAACGGGCCAAAAUAAAAUUCAUUAUUCAACAGGAA